GCAUAACGGUCUAUGAUGUAUGUGAUAUUUCUGUUCAACCAAUGUGUACAAACUAUUUCAGGAAACUUGUGCAUGAUUACUGGAGGUCACAACUUGGGGCGAGUUGGAGUCAUCCAACACAGAGACAGACAUCCUGGUGGAUUCGAUAUUGUACAUGUUAAAGAUGCCGUUGGACAUUCAUUUGCCACAAGAUUGAGUUAUGUGUUUGUUAUUGGUAAGGGCAGCAAGCCAUGGGUGUCGCUACCACGUGGCAAGGGAGUCAAACUUUCCAUUGCUGAGGAGAGAGACAGAAGAAUGGCCAUGAAGAGCCAGUGAUUUCUCUUGUAAAUUAUUAGAGACAAUAAACCGCUGUGAAGAGAAAA